GGCGUCUCCGCGGCUGUUAGAGCCCCGCGGACCGACACCGGGACCAGAACCGGCCCCAGGACCAAGACCGAGCCAGCACCGGGACCGGGACCCGGCCCACACCGACCCGGAACCAGCAGAACACCGGCCGGUACCGGCGGGGAUGUUGUGAGAGUCCAGAGAGGAGCACAGAGGAGCCGGGUCCACCGAGGACCAGGAUCCACCAAGAUCCGGGUCUAUCAAGGACCAGGUCCACCAAGAUCCGGUUCCGACCUCCCACCGAUGGAGCGCCUCCACUGGGUCCGGCACCGCUGCCGGCAGCUUCUGGCCGCGGACUCGGGCCGGGGCUGGUACUCCAACCCCAACGAGCCGCCCAGCAAAGCUGCAGCGGUGGACGCAGGUCGGAGGUCGGGGGGGAAGAGGAGGACGGUCUACGCCCGGUACGGCCCACACCAAACCCAGUGGGAGGUUCUGACCAAGAAGUACCCGGGGAACGGGAUCCGGACCACCAAGUACAGCCUGCUGACCUUCAUCCCCGUCAACCUGUUCCAGCAGUUCCGCAGGGUUGCUAACCUGUACUUCCUGUUCCUGGCGCUGCUGAACUGGGUGCCGGUGGUGGAGGCCUUUGAGAAGGAGAUCACCAUGAUCCCCCUGGUGGUGGUGCUGGUCGUCAUCGGCAUCAAGGACGCGCUGGAGGAUUAUCGCCGCUACCUGUUCGACAAGAAGAUCAACAACAACGUGGCGCGGGUGUUCUGUGGUUCCCAGCGGGCCUACGUGGACCGGCGCUGGGAGCAGGUCCGGGUCGGGGAUCUGGUCCGUCUGUCCUGUAACCAGAUCAUUCCUGCCGACCUGCUGCUGCUCUCGUCCUCCGAUCCUCGCGGCGUUUGCUACAUCGAGACGUCCAACCUGGACGGAGAGAGCAACCUGAAGCAGAGACAGGUGGUGCCGGACGCUAACGCUGCUAACGCCAACGCCGCCAACGCGCAGAAUUCAGAGUUCUGUCCCGAGAGUUUCUCGGGCAGGAUCGAGUGUGAGAACCCGAACGAGGACCUGGCCCGGUUCCGAGGCUACAUGGAGCGUCCCGGGGGGGCCCGGGUCGGGCUGCACCAGCAGAACCUGCUGCUGAGGAGCUGCCGGGUCCGGAACACGGAGACGGUGGUCGGGAUCGUGGUCUACGCAGGUCACGACACCAAGGCCAUGAUGAACAACAGCGGUCCGCGCUACAAACGCAGCCGUCUGGAGAAACGACUCAACACCGACGUGCUGUGGUGCGUCGUCCUGCUGGCAGUGAUGUGUCUGACGGCUGCUGUAGGUCACGGCUUGUGGCUCCGGAACCUCCAGAACCCGGGUCUCCAGGGGGACCCGGUCUUCCAGGUGGACGGGGAGACGUCCCCGGCCCUGGCCGGGUUCCAGGUGUUCUGGACCAUGAUCAUCGUGCUGCAGGUGCUGAUCCCCAUCUCCCUGUACGUGUCCAUCGAGAUCGUGAAGCUGGUCCAGAUCUACUUCAUCCACCAGGACCUGGACCUGCACCAGCAGCACCAGGACUCCGGGGUCCAGUGCCGGGCCCUGAACAUCACCGAGGACCUGGGCCGGGUCCAGUUCCUGUUCUCCGACAAGACCGGGACGCUCACCGAGAACCAGAUGGUGUUCCGGCGCUGCAGCAUCUUCGGGGUGGAGUACCCGCACCGGGACAACGCCCUGCGUCUGCAGGUGUACGAGUCCCAGCGGGGCGAGGCCCCGGGCCGCCCCCCCACCCUGAGGUCGGUCUGCAGCAGGAAGAGUCUGAGCUGCCGCUCUCUGAGCUGCAACCGCAGCUCGGUGUCUCUGCACACGCUGACCGCCGAGUCGGAGGACGAGGACCCGCCGGAGACGACGGGAGCUUUCUGCAGCCGCAUGGCCAAGGACGUGGUCCCGGACCCCGACCUGGUGAGGAAGCUGAGCUGGCUGUGCUGGUCUGGGUCGGCCCCCCCGGGGGGAGGGGGGGCCCAGACCCAGACCCAGAACCAGACCCAGACCCAGAACCAGACCCAGAACCAGACCCAGAACCAGACCCAGACCCAGAACCAGACCCAGAACCAGACCCAGACCCAGACCCAGACCUCGUCCCCCUCCAGCCUGGAGCUCUCCUGCAUCACCGACUUCUUCCUGGCUCUGGCCGUCUGCAACAGCGUGGUGGUGUCGUCGCCGGGGCAACCGGGCCACGCGGUCCCCGAGGUCCAGCCCCCCCUCAGGUCUCUGGAGGAAAUCAGGCUGAUGUUCCAGAGACUCAGCUUCCCCCCCCAGAUCAGGGGCAGCCCCCGGGGUUUAGCUGGCCGGCUGUUCGCCCGCAAGACCGGAGGCCUAGCCGUCACCACCGCAGAACCAGGGGCCGGACCGGAACCAGGGGCCGGACCGGACACCGGGAACCCGGAGGACUCGUCUAUAGAGGGGCCGGAGGACCAGAAUACGGAGCACCAGAGGCCGGAGGACGACCCCGACCAGGACAACGACGACGAUCUACUGUACGAGGCGGAGAGCCCCGACGAGGCGGCGCUGGUCCACGCCGCCCGGGCCUACGGCUGCACCCUGAGGUGCCGCUCGGCCCGGAGCCUGCUGGUGGACCUGCCGGGGAUCGGGUCCCUGGCCGUCUCGCUGCUGCACGUCCUGCCCUUCGACUCCAACAGGAAACGCAUGUCGGUGGUGGUUCGACACCCGCUGACCGGGGAGGUGGUGGUCUACACCAAGGGGGCCGACUCGGCCAUCAUGGACCUGGCAGAGACGCCCAAAGGUGCAGAACAGUCCGACGUCUACAACCACGUCAGGGACCAAACCCAGAACCAUCUGGACACGUACGCUAGAGAAGGACUCCGCACGCUCUGCAUCGCCAAGAAGGUCCUGGACCAGGACCAGUACGAGUCCUGGCUGAAGGGGCAGGUUCUGGCCGAGAGCAGCAUCGAGAACCGGGACGAGCUGCUGCUGGAGUCGGCCCAGCGGCUGGAGACGGAGCUGACGCUGCUGGGCAGCACGGGUAUCGUGGACCGGCUGCAGGAGGACGUCCCCGAGACCAUCGAGGCCCUUCAGGGGGCCGGGAUCCGGGUCUGGGUUCUGACCGGGGACAAGCAGGAGACGGCCGUCAACGUCGCUAACGCCUGCAGGCUUAUCCGGCCCAACGACCAGCUAAUGACGCUCAACUGUGAGAGCAAGGACGCCUGUGCAGCUCUGCUGGAGCAGCUGAACCUGGAGGUCCAGGGGGCCGAGAAUGGACCACGAGACCCGGUAGGAGACGCCCCCGGCCCCCACGGAGACGGCCCCGGCUCGGUCCUGGUCAUCGACGGCCGGACCCUGGACUGGGCCCUCCAGGACGGGCUGCAGAGCAGCUUCCUGGACCUGAGCCGCCGCUGCCGCGCCGUCAUCUGCUGCCGCUCCACGCCGCUGCAGAAGAGCCAGGUGGUGCGGCUGGUCCGGGACCGGCUGGGGGUCCUGACGCUGGCCGUGGGCGAUGGCGCCAACGAUGUCAGCAUGAUCCAGGUGGCCGACGUGGGCGUCGGCAUCUCGGGUCAGGAGGGGAUGCAGGCCGUCAUGGCCAGCGACUUCGCCGUGUCCCGGUUCCGUCACCUCAGGAAACUGGUUCUGGUCCACGGACGCUGGUGCUACCACCGGCUAGCUAACAUGAUCCUGUACUUCCUGUACAAGAACGUGAUGUACGUGAACCUGCUGUUCUGGUACCAGUUCUUCUGCGGGUUCUCCGGCAGCGUGAUGAUCAACUCGUGGGUUCUGAUUCUCUUCAACUUGGCCUUCACGUCGGUGCCGCCGCUCGUGUUCGGCGUCCUGGACCAGGACACGCCGGCCCAGACGCUGCUGAGGGUCCCAGAGCUGUACCGGGACCUGCAGACGUCCCAGGUCUACGUCCCGUCCACCUUCUGGGUCUCGGUCCUGGACGCCUUCUACCAGAGCCUGGUCUGCUUCUUCGUGCCGUACUUUGCGCUGGCCGGGUCGGACGUGGGCGACCUUUCCUUCGGUUCUCCCAUCAACGCGUCGGCGCUGCUCGUCAUCCUGCUGCACCAGGUCAUCAUGAGCAACACGCUGACCUGGAUCCACGGCGUGGUGCUGCUCGCCAGCGCCGGCUCCUACUUCGUCUUCGUGGUUCUGUUCAGCCGGUUCUGCCGGACCUGCAGCCACCCCACCAACCCGCUGGGGGUGGAGACGCUGGAGCUGGCCCGGCCCGGGUUUUACCUGAUCGUCGGGCUCACCGUGGUCACGGCGCUGCUGCCCAGGUUCCUGUUCCGGGUUCUCCACAGAACCCUCCACCCGUCCGCCGCCCUGAGAUCCGCUCAGAGAGACGAAGCUGACUCGGAGCGGUACCGGAGACGGAUGCAGCGCUGGAACCAGAAACACCCCAGGACCGGUAGAGUGCCGGUGUGUGCCGACAACCCGGGCCUGGAGCCGGGCCUGGACCCCGGACCGGACCAAGUCCGGUCCUGACCAAAGGUUUCCUCAGGUUCCGACCCAGAACUGGUCUCUGGUGCAAAAACUGUUGUCAGGGGCGGCUUGUUCCUGCACUGCUGCAGCUGUGACACAGGAACUCAUGGACCCAGAACCAGAACCAGUUACCUCGCCUUCACUAUCCACAUGCUGGUUGGAUUGUGUUUACAGACCCGUGUUGGGUGAACCUACCAGACUCUGCUGACGUCACGGGUCGAUUCUCCGGCCGAUGAACCUCCAGAGGAGCCUCGGCUCACGGUGACGGAGGUGACGGAGGACGAGCCCGAGCUGGUUUUACAAAGACUUUUACUCUUUUUAACUUAAGAUUGUUUUAAUUUAAAACUUUUAGCUGCUUCCAAAUCCGUCCAACGCUGCCUUAAACCCCAGAAACCAGGGGCCUUAACCCCCACCCCCCCCCCCAAAGACACUAGGGGUCGCGCCCCUGGUACCCCGGGAACACACUUGGUCCUCAU